GUCGGGUGCUGAUCCGGUGAGCACCGGGCCAUUCGGCCCCUUUGCACCGCCCGGUUACCUGCGCUUCUUCUGGGGACGCUCGGGCAAAGCCGCCGGCCUCCGACGAGGUGCACGACGGGGGUCCUGUCGCCCUCGGCUCGUGUCUCUGCCGAACUUACCUGCUGCGCAGGUGCCCGCGUGCCGCCCAUGGCGGGAGCCGCCCCGACCACGGCCUUUGGGCAGGCGGUCAUUGGCCCCCCCGGCUCGGGCAAGACCACGUACUGCCUGGGCAUGAGUGAGUUCCUGCGCGCGCUGGGCAGGCGCGUGGCGGUGGUGAACCUGGACCCUGCCAACGAGGGGCUGCCGUACGAGUGCGCCGUGGACGUGGGAGAGCUGGUGGGCCUGGGCGACGUGAUGGACGCGCUGCGGCUGGGGCCCAACGGCGGCCUGCUCUACUGCAUGGAGUACCUGGAGGCCAACCUGGACUGGCUGCGUGCCAAGCUAGAUCCCCUCCGCGGCCACUACUUCCUGUUCGACUGUCCGGGCCAGGUGGAGCUCUGCACGCACCACGGCGCCCUGCGCAACAUCUUCUCCCAGAUGGCACAGUGGGACCUCAGGCUGACUGCUGUCCACCUGGUGGAUUCUCAUUACUGCACAGACCCGGCCAAGUUCAUUUCCGUACUGUGUACCUCUCUGGCCACCAUGCUGCAUGUGGAGCUGCCCCAUGUCAACGUCCUCUCCAAGAUGGACCUCAUCGAGCACUAUGGGAAGCUGGCCUUCAACCUGGACUACUACACAGAGGUCCUGGACCUCUCCUACCUUCUCGACCACCUGGCUUCUGACCCUUUCUUCCGCCACUACCGACAGCUCAAUGAGAAACUGGUGCAGCUCAUUGAAGACUAUAGUCUGGUCUCCUUCAUCCCUCUCAACAUUCAGGACAAGGAGAGUAUCCAGCGGGUCCUGCAGGCUGUGGAUAAAGCCAACGGCUACUGCUUCGGGAUCCAAGAACAGCGAAGCCUGGAGGCCAUGAUGUCUGCCGCCAUGGGUGCUGACUUCCAUUUCUCCUCUACCUUGGGCAUCCAGGAGAAGUACCUGGCACCCCCAGACCAGUCCGUGGAGCAGGAAGCCAUGCAGCUGUAGCAGCAAGCUGGGCUCUAGAGAAUGAGAGGCUUAACCCAGCAUUGGAGACAAUGGCAGUUCCCACUGACAGGACAGCUCAGCCAACUGCAGAUCCAAGAGCAGCCUUCCCAACUAGAGCACCCACCACCCCCUUCGUGGUCAAGAGCUCUGGAUGUGUGGCCAGGAAUUCAGCAUUGGCCCCACUUGGGCUAUGAAGGAAUAUGCUACAAAUACAAGAGUUUAUUUUCUACUUUUUGUGACUUCUAAACUUUCUUCAACCAUCCAGGCCCAGAGAGUUGAGGCAGAACAAAAGAAUGUUGCUUUUCUCAGAAGAAUUCUGUUUGUUUAUACAGGGCAGUGUUUCCCCCCAAAGCACAGGAUUGUGCUAGAGGACUGACACCCAGUCUCCAGGUGCGCGACUUUGUUAAUUUUCGGUUUUAGCCUAGACUCAAGCUUGAGCUUUCACAGGCAACACUUCCUAGCAGAUCUUAUUUUCAUGGUAUUUAUUUUAUGGUUUUGUUCCUUUUUGGGAAGUGUUAACCAGUUUUCCAUUUAUACGAGUGAUUAAAAGUUUACUUUGAAAUUG